CGUGUGACGUCGUCGCGUCAGCUGGUUUCUGUUUACAUCGCAUCAAUUUUUUCGCAGUCAAGUUAGGCGUUAUUGUGGCCGGAUCCAAAAAUAUGACAUACGCGUUAAUGUAAUCGAUGGACAUUGUUGGUUUACUCGAGACAACCGCUGAGGUCCGUAAUCACACGACAGUGAUAGGCACACCUCGGGACUGUGUUUAGAAGCUCUUCUGCUUUCAUUAUGGGUGGAGCUGUGAGUGCGGGUGAGGACAACGACGAGCUGAUUGACAACCUUAAAGAGGCCCACUACAUCCGCUCAGAUCUGGUCGAGAAGGCCUUCAGGGCCAUCGACAGAGCGGACUAUUACCUGGAGGACUAUCGUGACAGUGCUUAUAAAGACCUGGCCUGGAGGCAUGGGAACCUUCAUCUGUCUGCUCCAUGUAUCUACUCGGAGGUGAUGGAGGCCUUGGACCUGCUGCCUGGCCUGUCUUUUCUCAACCUGGGCAGUGGAACGGGUUAUCUCAGCACAAUGGUGGGCCUUAUACUAGGUCCGUUCGGUGUGAAUCACGGUGUGGAACUGCAUGCGGAUGUCGUUGAAUAUGCGUAUCAGAAACUCGACUACUUUAUCAAAACCAGCGACAGCUUUGACAAGUUUGAGUUCUGUGAGCCGACCUUUGUGGUGGGGAACUGUCUGGAGAUCCCUCCGGAGAGUCGGCAGUAUGACCGGGUGUACUGUGGUGCAGGAGUUCAGAAAGAGUACGAGAACUACAUGAAGAACCUGCUAAAGGUUGGCGGGAUCUUAGUGCUCCCCCUGGAGGAGAAGUUGACCAAGAUCACUCGCACAAGUCAGAGCUCCUGGGAGACCAAGAAAAUCAUCGCUGUGACCUUUGCCCCGCUCGUCCAGCCCAAACAGAAUGUCAAUGGCAGACCUAAGAGUGUUCCUUUACCCAUUUUUGAGGUGCGGACAUUGCAGGACCUGUGCCGGAUCGCUAUCCGCCACACUCUCCGGCAGCCCAUAGCUAUGGGUGAAGGACGCACAAAGAGACGGGUGUCUUUCCCAGGGGCCCGAGCCAUGCACCGCUACGGGCCCCGCUUCGAGAGGCGCCGCUUCUGUCGCCGCUUCUACCGCCAGUGCGUCAACUCCAUGGUUCUCCACGACUCCAUGAUUCCCACAGCCAUGGACGAUUGCAACUACCCCGGAGGAGUUGAAGAGGACGAAGAGGAAGUGGAGGAGGAAGAGGAAAGGGCUUGCCGCCGAAUGAGAGAAGACCUACCUGAGGAGGACGAGGAGGAAUCCUCCGGCACAGAAGAGGAGAAAAACAAAAGCGGCUGCGCUCGUGUGGAGCCUCCCGUUAAUAUCCUGAGGGAGAAGAUCCUAAGACUCCCGUUACCUGAACCCCUGAAGAUGUAUCUGCUGUAUUACAGGGAGAAAUGAGACGUGCGGUGCAGCGCUAAGACGAUUAGACGUGAAGAAAAGCCUUUCUCUUCUUCCUCCUCCUCUCAAACUGGAUUAGCAUGACAAUUAAGUCCUCAAUUAAUGACAUCACAAUAUCCAUAUCCCUGUGUGAAGAAAAGCUCCUUUAUGUGGGAUGUACAGAGAUGGAACCGAAGGACUGAGCUCAUUUCCUGAAUAAUCAAUGUCGCCUGAGCUCACGCUCACAUUUGUUAAUUCGGUAUUCCCCUCGAGAUGAUCGAACACGUACGUGACCUAUGACGCAUUGUCCCUGUGGGAAUUGCUUGUUGCUGUGAGCUCUUUUAGAGUAGCAUCACUUUGGGAUGUGGUGUAGUCUGACAAGUUGAAUUGAAUAUUUUUCUAUAGCUUUAAGGUGCGGUCACAUUUACCGUUGCUCGGCCAAAUCCUGUCAUUUCAAUUUCGCCUGUUCAAGUCGGUCACGUGAAUCCGCUGCGUUGACCAAAAGCUUCAUAUGAGCAGGAAUUUCGUGCGAGUAAGAGAGUUCUUCACGCAGAUUUCAUGUGGAUGACUAACGGUAGGCUGCUUGCUUUGAAAGUGGCUUCUGUGUGAGCUGUGUUUUAGGCACUCUAUUGACAUUGGAGAUUUUUUUGCCAGUGAAAUGUGACCGCACCUUUACACAGGUUGGCCCUCCACUGUUGAACUCUUUUCCUUGCCUUUACUGUGUUCUCCAAAAUAUUGAAUAACGCCUGCAUGUGUACUGCCGUAGUGCACCAACAAUAUGUCAGUAUUGGAGUUUGUGGUUAUGUGCGUUUGAUUACCAUCGCUGGUAGAAUUACAUUUGACCUUGACCCAUGCGCGUAAGAAAUCGUUUCUGCACCCAGUUACCAAGGAACAAUCAUCCGUCAGAAUGAUACACACAGUGAUUUAUGUUUUCAUUGGGUCAUAUCGCAAGCUUUACCGUUAUAUUGUAAAGAUUGUGUGAAAAUGAAGAGACAUUUUUUUAGUGAAAUUCUUAUUUAUUGGUAAUCACCAAAUUUAGUUUUCAUCAGGUAAAUGAAGCAUUUGGAUAUUUUUCAGUGCUCGGAAUCUUUGGCCCUACUCAGGAAUACUUUAGGAAAACAUUUUAUUUGAUAUAUUUUUUAACUCAAAGAACAAAAAGACCAAAAUGUUAGGACCUUUCUAUUUUUUGACCAAAAGUAUUGAAAAUGAUCUUUUGCUUUUUGUAUAUCACAGUGGUGGUAAAACCAUGAUUGGAUCUGGCGAUUCUAUGAUCCCAGUUCUGAUUUCUACACAAUUCAUCAGCGCAGGAGCUUUUCUCUUUAGUUCUCAUUGAUGAUUGUGUGCUUGUAGGAAACAGAAACUUCAAUAAAGUUUGAGUUUGCACACUGGAAUGACACAUUUCUGUUCAUUUAUCGGUGUAUUGUACUUGCAAUAUGUAAUUGAAAUUUCAAAACUUUUGAGUGUUUUUAUUAAGUGUAAAUAUAACAUCAUUUUGAACUCGCGUUUAUUGUAGAUGUUGUAGGCUUUGAAGAUUGAGAAUCCAGAUUUUGAACGUUUAGCUAAAAAGCUAAUCACAAACCUUUCACCUUCAGUGAUCCUUAUUCUUCAGCUACGUAAUAAUACAUAAAAAGUUGUAACAUUUCACAUUACUUGUAUGUGCAUAUUAAACAAUAAAAAAAAAAA